ACGCCGCGGGAGGAGGAGCAGAGCAGUAGGAACAGGUGGUGGAGGAGGUCAGCAGCUCCGCGGCCGCGAGAGGGCCAUGUCGCUGCGGUGGUUGCUGCUCCGGAGCGCGCGCCGCGGGAUCUUUGGGUCCGCGGAGGCUGCGCUGUGGGGUUUGAAGUCAAUAGAAGGAAACUGCCACAAUUUUUGUACUACAGUUUUUAAAGAUGUCACGUAUCUGGAACUUAAAAACCUCUUGAAAUCCAAAAGUAUUAUGUUAAUUGAUGUUAGAGAGACAUGGGAAAUUCUUGAGUAUGGAAAAAUCCCUGGGUCUGUCAAUAUACCAUUGAAUGAAGUAGGUGAAGCUUUGCAGAUGAACCCAAAAGACUUCAACGAGAAGUACAAUGAAGUAAAGCCAUCCAAAUCUGACAGUCUAGUGUUUUCUUGUUUAGCUGGAGAAAGAAGCAAGAAGGCUCUGGACACAGCAAUAUCUUUGGGCUUUAACAGUGCUCAACACUAUGCUGGAGGAUGGAAAGAAUGGGCAACCUACGAAUAUUCUGAGAAGAAACAAGGAAACUGAAUUUUGAAAUACAAGCUGGCUCUUUCCUUGCGUACAUACAGCCUAGCAUAGGGAAUGAGCAAAAGAAUGAAAAUCUAGCCUGGCACCACAGGCUAAUGGAAAGGGGAUUCUGUAUGUCAAUUAUUUGUUGAAUCUUUUUCUCAACUGUAAAUUAAGACUAUCAUUUCCUCCUCCCGA